AUGGAAGCAAACAAACUGCUACUCGACAGAGAAAUCCAACAACACAACCUUGAGACCUUUAUACCGGGAUUUCGUAAACAAAGAAAGGCUAUCGCCAGAAAUAUACCAACCCAUCUGACCGUCCAACAGAUUCUAGAAGCGUGCAAGUCGGAAAUAAAAAUCUCUUCUGUCUCUAGAUUCAAUAGAAGGAACCGCAAUCCUACAUCAGAAGAAGAUAAAUGGAUUCCCAGCCGCUCGAUUAUCAUAACUUUUGAUGGCCAAACUUUACCCAUAGAAGUCUAUAUUUUUAACGUUAAAACGUUUAUAACUCCAUACGUAUCCAGGCCUAUGCAGUGUUACAAUUGCCUAAGGUACGGCCACACAACAAAAACCUGCAAAGCAAGAAAAAUCUGCAAUGUAUGCGGCGAGGUGGAACAAGAAAAUUGUUGCGAUAAGAAAUCUUUGAAAUGUAUAAAUUGCGUGGGAAAUCACAGAAGCACAGAUAAAACUUUCGAAAUCUACGAAAAGUACUUGAGGAUAAACACAAUCAUGGCAUACCACAAUCUAUCCUUUGUAGAGGCAAAGAAUAUUAUCAUGCCAAAGCCUGCCCACCCACCUAUCAAUUCAAAGGAGAACUUCCUGGCUCUAAAAGAAAACAAAAAUGUAAAACUCUACAGCCAAAUAGCCGAAGAAUACAAGACGCUAGUUUCCGAGCACAAAAAGGGAAAAGGUCACACAAAAACAACUGAGCACAAAGAGAGAAAUAUCAAAUUCUACGGAGAUGUGGAAAGUGAGGCGUACACCGAUCCAACCGCCGCUGACAAACGCCAAGGAGACCCCCGACCGCAUGCCACACCACAGGCAAACAAAACAUCUGCAAGUUUCCAGCACCACCAUCAGGAACAACCGGGACCACUUCAACACCCCAACAAGCUGCCUGGAACAACCACCGCUGCCGAACUAAUAGGAAAAAUAAUUAAAAAAACUGAAGAAGAAAGACUAGAAAAAUGGGUAACUAAAAAUAAAAACAAGAAAGGCAACAAAUAG